AAUAAUAGAUUUAAUAAUGAUACUUCUGCACUGGUAACGUUAACUACAGGAGCCUCUUUGGCUCUUUCAACUCACAUCAUCAAUUUCAAUUUUUCAAUUUUUGCAUCAUUUUCGGUUAAAGAAG